AUGCCGUUUGGACUAACUAACGCCCCCACAGUAUUCAUGGAUCUGAUGAAUCAGAUUUUUCAGCUGUAUCUGGACCAGUUCGUUAUCAUCUUCAUCGAUGACAUAUUGAUAUACUCUCGAAGUCACGAAGAGCACCGUUUACACCUGACUAUAGUGUUGCAGACUUUGAAGGAUGAACGUUUGUAUGCGAAGUUUAGCAAAUAUGACUUCUGGUUGGGACAGAUUCCAUUCUUGGGGCACAUAGUUUCGGAGAGAGGUAUAGAGGUAGACCCAGCAAAAGUAGAGGCAAUUAAGAAUUGGGUUACACCGAGGAGUGUCAAUGAAGUCCGAAGCUUCCUAGGACUGGCAGGAUACUAUCGAAGGUUCAUCCAAAACUUUUCACGGUUUGCUUUACCUCUGACUUCACUAACCAAGAAGGGGGUAAAGUACAAAUGGGCAGACCAGUGUGAGAGGAGUUUUGAAGAACUAAAAGAAAGGUUAAUGACAUCACCAGUGCUUGCUAUCCCAGGCGGCUCUGGAUGGUUGGUGGUGUACACAGAUGCUUCCAAGAAUUGUUUAGGGGUUGUGCUGAUGCAGAAUGGGAAUGAAACAUCCUAG